AUCCAUCCAGCAACAAUCCAUCUCACUGCUAACCGCUUACACCACCUCUCUUUCUUCCUAGUUGACCAGAGGUUGAUCAUGUCGGGGGUGUGGGUGUUCAAGAAUGGCGUGGUGCGGCUGGUGGAGAACCCAGGGAGCGAGCGGUCGUCGACGGUGAGGCGGAAGGCGCUGCUGCACACGCCGAGCGGGCAGGUGGUGUCGUCGUACGCGUCGCUGGAGGCGAAGCUGACGGCGCUGGGGUGGGAGCGCUACUACGAGGACCCGGCGCUCUACCAGUUCAACAAGCCCGGGGCCUUGGACCUCAUCUCCCUCCCCAAGGACUUCAGCCACUUCUCAUCCGUCCACAUGUACGACGUCGUCAUCAAGAACAGGGACGCCUUCCGCGUCGUCGACUCUUAGAUGGCCAGCUUGGUGAGCUAGCUUGUCCAUGGCCGAUCUGUAAUCUUCAGUACCUUCUGUCUUGUUGUUUGGUGUAAUAAUGGGCAAGCAUAUGCAUGAUCAGUGCUUGCUUGCUCUGGGUACGUGGUGCUCAGUUUGUUUGUGUGUUGGUGAUGCGUGUUAAUGUGUUUAUCUGGUUUGACUAAUCGUGCGUGGUGCACGUUGUGAGUGUUAAUAUAUAUAUUGCCCUGAAGGUUGUUGUAUAUGA